CUUAUUAUAGUAAAUAACCUUUCAAUAUUUUAGGACAAUAUAGUGCUUGCGUAGUAAUAUUAUUUACCGAUUAAGUUAUUAGGCUUUCCGUCAGACUGUCGCCAGUUUCAAUGGCAAAGAAUUUUCCCUAAAUUGAGUGAAAGUGUGACAUUGUUUUCAGAUAUAUAUAGAGGCAAUGUCCUCGACAAUAUCAAGCCUGAACAGCCUGUUCUCGUUCACGAGCCCUGCGGUGAAGCGGCUCCUGGGCUGGAAGCAGGGAGAUGAGGAGGAGAAGUGGGCGGAGAAGGCCGUCGACUCCCUCGUAAAGAAACUAAAGAAGAAGAAAGGGGCCUUGGAGGACCUUGAGAAGGCUCUCAGCUCAACUGGCUCGCCUAGCAAGUGUGUGACUAUACCACGGUCACUCGAUGGUAGAUUACAGGUGUCACACAGGAAGGGCCUGCCCCACGUGAUCUACUGUCGAGUGUGGCGUUGGCCAGACCUACAGAGCCACCAUGAGUUGAAGGCCCUCGACUGCUGUGAGUUCCCAUUCAAUGCCAAACACAAGGAGGUCUGCAUCAAUCCCUACCACUACAAGAGAGUCGAGAGUCCAGUGCUGCCGCCGGUUCUUGUUCCAAGGUACAGCGAGUUUCCAGCUGGCCAGGGCCCUCCUUCAAUGCCGCCCUUCCAAUCUGUGCCAGAGCCCUCAAUGCCUCACAAUGUGACAUACCCAAACAACUUCCACAUUGGGCCCACAUCACCAGCCAGCUCAGGCCCUGGCAGCCCUUACGGUGUUCCAGCGGAUACACCGCCCCCAGCCUACCAGGCCCAUGACGAUAGUAACUCCCCCAGCAGCAAUAGAAGUGGGGGCCAGCCCAUGGACACCAGUAUGCCCCCACCUCGUGCCCCACCCCCAACUGUCAACAUACCCAUGAGUGACAAAUAUCCAGCACAUAUGCAGCCGGUGACAUACCAGGAACCCCAGUACUGGUGCUCAAUCGUGUACUAUGAGCUGAACAAUCGUGUUGGAGAGGCCUUCCACGCCUCACAGACCAGUAUAGUAGUUGACGGCUUCACAGACCCAUCAAACAACGCCGAUCGCUUCUGCCUCGGCCUCCUGUCCAAUGUGAACAGAAACUCAACCAUUGAAAACACUCGCCGUCACAUCUCCAAAGGAGUGCACCUCUACUAUGUGGGGGGAGAGGUGUUCGCCGAGUGUCUAAGUGACAGCUCAAUAUUUGUACAGAGUCGUAACUGUAACUACCACCAUGGUUUUCACCCAACCACUGUCUGCAAAAUCCCACCGGGAUGCAGCCUUAAGAUCUUCAACAAUCAAGAGUUUGCAGCCCUGCUUAGCCAGAGUGUAAACCACGGUUUCGAGGCAGUGUACGAACUCACAAAAAUGUGCACAAUCCGAAUGAGCUUUGUGAAAGGCUGGGGAGCGGAGUACCAUCGACAAGACGUGACGAGCACUCCCUGUUGGAUUGAAAUACACUUGAACGGGCCCCUACAGUGGCUAGACAAGGUGCUCACCCAGAUGGGCUCCCCUCAUAAUGCAAUCUCUUCCGUUUCAUGAUGGCUCCUGUUGUUGAUAAUCUUGCGUACAUUGUAUGUUGUCAAUUCCCAAAGGAGAAGUUCAUUACAACUGUCAUUGCUAUAAUAUGGUACUAUAUGAAAAAAAAAUAUACAUACUUAAUGCUUUUAAGGUGUAUUUAAAGGAAGAUUUCAUGCCAGCCUUGUUGCCGAAUUUUCCAAGACGAGAUCAGUAAUGUGUGUCAGGCUUUGAGACAUGUUGAAUGCAUAAUAAAAAGGUUGUCCUCACAAAUAGGUGAAAUGUAAAUACUACUGACAAGAAUGAACAUUUUAUAGAAAUAUUCAUUAUGAUCAACAGUCUAGAUUUAUAUUAAGUUAUAACUAUGGUAUGUCUUUCUGAUAAGUCAGACAAGGAGUGCAUGAUGAUCAAAGCUAAUUUAAUCCGCGCUUCAUGAUAAUGGUUUUUUCUUCUUGUAUUUCAUGUAUAUUUAGUGUCUGUUUGAAUUUUGUGGAGUAUUUAUGAGUUUGUUGUUAAAAUUCAUAACAUCUCAGGAAAGAUCAGCUGCUGCAAAAAAAAUAUAUCGGUCUACCAUAAUGGUGUGAGAUUGUUUCUGUUAAUGCAUUUAGUUUUCUGUUCACACGAUCAAAUGUACAGUGUGUGUUAUUAAUGCUUAGAUAUUAUGAUCUAUAAGUGGACAUGAAUUGUGCAGAUGUUGUAAAAUCUGUUAGUUUUAAUGGGCAAAAAUCAAAUAUGUCCCUGAUAAAUGGACCAGAUAUGUGGAGAUGGUGUUAAAGCUGCACCCUCACAGAUUGACAUUUAUGAAAUAUUUUUUUUUUACUUUUGCCGCAGAAUUAGACGAUUUUGUUAACAAUGCCUUCAAUUCAUUUAUGUAAGAUAACUCGCAAUAGAAAAGAUUUUAAGUAUUUAAAAAACAGCUUUUAGCCAUAAAACAUCAGUUUUUAAAGUUAGUAUGAAAAACCACGAUCUGAGCUUAUGUACAUCAUCACUACAUGUAAACAGUCAUGUAACCAGUCUUGUAUCAUUGGUUCCCAGACAUUAAUGCAAAAAUUGGCUCAUUCCAAGACACAAAAAAAGUGUCAGAACGAUUAACCUGUGAGAGUGCAGCUUUAGUCUAUUCGUUUCAAUGGGCAAAAAUCAAAUAUAUCCAUCCUACAUUGAUAUAAACUCAACAAGACAAUAGAAAUAUUGGAUGUUGAAUGUUGACACGUUAAUUAGCUUGACUAUGAUAAUUAUUUAUAACGAAUCUUGACAUUGUGCAUGGUUGUUCAGAAGUGCUAAGUGUAUUCUACAAUAAUGUCAUAAUGGGUGCUUGAACAAAAAAAACAACCUUUGUUCUCUUAUGUUUAUAUACAUAUACAUUCUAUGGCCCCAUUUUCUCAAAGAAUCUUAAGUGUAACAGGGUUAAGUAGGCUUAAGUAUGUUAAUUCAAUUUGUUCAAUUGCUUUCUUAGGGCCAUACAAAAUCGUUUCUACGUUUAGCGUCCGUGGACUGAUAAGUUUUGAGCUUCCUGGUCAAAAAAACAAUACAUCUUUCAUGAUCAAAGACCUUGCCAAAUGUUCUUUAUUUUAUUUUUACUGAAUUUUAGCUUAGCUUAAUAUUAUUAUAAGGAAUUUAAGAUUGUUGGAGAAAUUGGGGCAUGGUGAUUUCAAUGUGAAACUGUUGAUAUGCUUUGUUAAGAUUUUAUUUGGAAGUUUGAUCGUGAUUGGAUUAACUAUAUUGACUGAAGUCAUUGGAAUGGCCAUCUGUUUUUGCUGAAAUACUCUUGUCAACAUUCUAGGGCGAAAUGAGUAAUGAGUGUUAAUUGUUUAAUAAGAUAUUUAAAUAGCAUAUUUAUUUUGAUUUUAUUUACUUGCUGAUAGGCAUUCUAGUAUCUACAGUCAAUGUUGUUUCGUUGAAGCAUGCCAGCUGUUUUUAGUUAAAUAUUUACAAACUGUUGAAUUUGUUUCCGAAAGAUAUGUUCUUUAUUUCAGUGUUUUGAACAUUACUGGCAAAUGAUUUAAUCGCUUGUUAUGUAUAAAAGAAAUUAUAUUGAAAGUUACCAGAAAUGAGUGUGGAUUAUUCAUAUUUUACAUAUCUUUGUAAUGAGUGUUUUUAAUUGUUUUAUUCAUUAAUUAGUUUGUGUAAUUGUUGAAUGGAAACCUUCCUGAAUAUUUUGCAAUACUGCUUUUCAUACAGUCAUAAUUUCAAGGUUAUUUGUUUAUAUAUUUUUACUUUUCAUAUAAUCAUUGACAUAUUACAUAUAUAUAUAUGUAUGUAUUUUGAUAGUCAUUUAUUCAUUUCAAUGUCUUCAUUGUCUUCAUUUCCAUUAUAAUUCAUCUAUUGUACAUACCAUGUAUAUAAUUCAGCAGUGUAGAAUAUUUUAGAUGACAAAUUUGCUUUCCAAAUAUUGAGGGAUUUUUAAUGUUGCAAAUUUUGUGGAAAAGAAAUCAGAGGUUCUCUUUACUCUUACGGGGUGGGGGGGGGGGGGGAUUUUUUCAUCAAUGAAAAUGUCACAUUAUUUUCUCUAUUUUUCUUUAAGAUUCAAGACUAGGAUAAAGUCAUCGUCUGAACCCAUGCAAUGUGGUUACCAUUACUCUACGGAAUACGCUGUGGAAAAAUAGGCUGGCGAAACUUCGUAAAGCAUGAUUUGAAAGUCAUAUUCAGUUGUAAAUUCUCGGAUAUUUCUGAUUGGUGGGAGGUGUGUCUCAGGUGUCCAAUCAUAAGUCUGGAUUUAACCUCGUUCAUUAUUCAGGAGUAUGAAGUUUCUGCGGUCAAUUUUCCUAGUGUUUAAAAUAGAGUUAUAUGUUAUGAAUAGAAUUGGAACCUAGGACGAUAAAAAAAGGGAAUUGAGGAUGGUUUACAUUUUUAGCAGAAUGGGUACUGAGAACGAGAUUUAGUAUGCACAAAGAAAGCUAUGAUGUUAGUAUCUAGAACAGGGUAGAAAAAGUAUGCGAGAAAACUAACAUAAACUUGAUCUCUUUAUAUUUCUAUGUAUCUUUACUUGCUGUAACCUGUCUGUUGGGUCAUCUUAUGAACGAUCGAAAAACAAUACCUUAUGAUCAAGAAUUUCGAUUUAAUAUUAAAGCUGCACUCUCACAGAUUGAUUGUUUGACUCUUCUCUUUUUUUUUUGCUUUUUUUUAACGUAAAUAAGACUGCGAUUUGGUUCUUUGUCAGCAGUCCUAUAUUACUGGUUCUCAGACAGUUGCAAAUUUGCUCAUUCUGAGAAAAAAAAAAUGUUGGCAAAACAGUCCAUCUGUGAGAGUACAGCUGUGGGUGUCAUAAUUGAAAUCAGAGUUUUGCUUGCAAAAUCAUGUACACUUUGCCUAAACUGACAUAUAAGGCUUUAUUUUUUAAAUAAAUGGUAUAACAAUUCAGAUAUAUUAAUUCGAAAUAGCGAUCGUACGAUCACUGCGUUAAAAGAUGGCCCCUGUAUGUAAAGUGUCUGCAUAAUGAUAAUGAUAACAUGAGGAUGUCUUUAUCUUAAAACCUCGAGUAGAUUGGAUUCUUCAGAUUUUUACUAUCUGUUGAAUAAAUGACUAUUUUUUGCAAUAGAUUAGAAAUUUGCAUUUAAACUUCAAUUACACCUUACGUAAAUGAAUAUUAUUUUAUCUGUUUUGUAUGUAAACAAAAGUCCAUCUUAGUGAUGUCAGACAAAAUUUGUGUCCCAAUUUUAAUUUGGUAUAUGGUUUUUUUUCUGAGUUAUGCUGAAAAUUUUGAAAUCUUCAUUGGCAUUUAAAUCUUUUUCAAAAUCGUGUAAACUUAUUUAUACAGAUCCAUGAUACUAAAGGACACAAUUUUUGUUCAUCAGCUUGAUUUUUGCUGCAAUGUUAAUGUUAAAACUGUGUCCCUAGAUAAAAGUAAAACCAUGUAUGAUAUCAAACUUUUGGUAUGUUAUGUUACCAUAUCUCCUACAUGUAAUUACUAAAUAAGAAUUGAAUAACUGAUAGUUUUCAUUGGUAUUAACUGCUUAUGAGCUAGACACCGUAGGCAGAAAUGAGCUGACAAUAUCGCAAUACAAACUCUACAAGUCUGUUGUACAAGUCAUUUGCACCAAUGGGUUUCAUGACAAUUUAAGUUAAAGCUUGAACAUGUUGCAACACUUUACAUAAUGUUUCAUGUAUCAAAAUGAAUAUGUAUCAGCACAUGCAGAAAAUGUGAAUAAAUAUGCUUUAUUUCAAACUUGA